AUGUCUGAUUUCUGGGUUGAAUACCUCGAUAAUCCAACAUUACCAGUACUUCCACAUGAUUAUUUAAAACCAGCAAAUAACAAGUCAGUUGAAGGUAAUUUAAGUUUCUCCAUUGCUGAUAAAGUAUCUGAUUUCACCACUGGAUUAGCCGUAUUUGCUGCAUUGGUUUACAGAUUGACUGGUGAUGAAGAUAUUGUCAUCUCAACUGAUGAAUCGCCUGGGUCUUGUGAGUUCAUUAUUAGAUUGAACUUGACUCCAGAGUUGAAAUUUAGUGAAUUGGAAGACAAAGUACGAAAUGAGUUUGAAAACAAUGUUAAACAGAUCAAUUAUCGAACAUUGACUGAAAUUUCGGAAAAGAUUAAAAUUACUAAAAAGUUGGAAGACAAUCCUGGUCUUUUCAAAGUGUCGUAUCAACAUUCAAACCCUAAUCAGCAAUUGAACACCACUGUUCAGGGGUCGGUUAGAGACUUGGCUAUUUACAGAGAUGGGACAGAGUAUACUAUUUUUUACAAUGCUUUAUUGUAUUCUCACGACAGGAUCAAGAUAUUCAGCGAGCAAUUCACUCAUUUUGUUGCGGAGGUUUUGAAAGACCCAAGCGUUGUCAUCACCAAAGUGAAUUUGGUAACACCCACACAAAGAGCCAACUUACCUGACCCAACUAUCGAUUUAGACUGGUCAGGAUAUCGUGGUGCUAUACAGGACAUCUUUCAAUCGAAUGCUGAGAAACAUCCAGAGAAAACCUGUGUUGUCGAAACUGCAUCCUUCAUGGAUCCCAAUUCGAAAACAAGACACUUUACCUACAAACAAAUUAAUCAAGCAUCAAAUAUAGUGGGUAAUUAUUUAAAACAUACCGGGAUUAAAAAGGGAGAUAUUGUAAUGAUAUAUGCCUACCGUGGUGUCGACUUGAUGGUUGCAGUAAUGGGGGUUUUGAAAGCAGGAGCCACUUUUUCAGUCAUUGAUCCAGCUUAUCCACCAGCGAGACAGAAUGUUUACCUUUCUGUUGCUAAGCCAAGAGGAUUGAUAGGUUUGGAGAAGGCAGGAACUUUGGAUAAUUUAGUCACUGACUACAUCAAUAAUGAGUUGGAUGUUAUUACCUCCAUUCCUCAAUUGAAAAUCAAUGAUGAUGGUUCCUUGGUGGGCGGUAAAGUCGAUGGAAAGGAUGUUCUUGAGGAGUAUGCCAAAUUCAAGGAUCAACCAACUGGAGUUCUUGUUGGCCCCGACUCAAACCCAACAUUGUCCUUCACUUCUGGCUCUGAAGGUAUUCCAAAAGGUGUUCUUGGCCGUCAUUACUCAUUAGCAUACUACUUCCCUUGGAUGGCAAAGAGAUUUGGGUUAUCAGAAAAUGAUAAAUUCACAAUGUUAUCAGGUAUUGCUCACGAUCCUAUCCAAAGAGAUAUGUUUACUCCAUUGUUUCUUGGUGCACAAUUAUUAGUUCCUACUGCUGAUGAUAUUGGUACACCAGGAAAAUUGGCUGAAUGGAUGGCAGAGUACGGAGCCACAGUGACACAUUUGACCCCAGCUAUGGGUCAAUUAUUGAGUGCUGAAGCAACUACCGCUAUCCCAUCAUUACACCAUGCGUUCUUUGUUGGUGAUAUCUUAACUAAAAGAGACUGUUUGAGGUUACAAACAUUGGCCGAGAAUGUUUACAUUGUCAAUAUGUAUGGUACUACUGAAACGCAAAGAUCUGUGUCCUAUUUUGAAAUUGAAAGCAGAAAGACUAAUCCUAAUUACUUGAAGAAUUUGAAAGAUGUUAUGCCUGCUGGAACUGGUAUGCAAAAAGUACAGCUUUUAGUUGUGAAUAGAAAUGAUAGAUCACAAACAUGUGGUGUGGGUGAAGUAGGGGAGAUUUAUGUUCGUGCGGCUGGUUUGGCUGAAGGUUACCGUGGAUUGCCAGAUUUAAAUGCAGCGAAGUUUAUCACCAACUGGUAUGUUAAUCCAAAUAAAUGGAUUGAGGAAGAUAAAGCAAAAAGUGCUGAUGAACCCUGGAGAAGUGCUGGUUGGCUCGGUCCAAGAGAUAGAAUGUACAGAUCUGGUGAUUUGGGUAGAUAUUUACCAGAUGGUAACGUUGAGUGUUGUGGUAGAGCUGAUGAUCAAGUUAAGAUUAGAGGAUUCAGAAUCGAGUUGGGUGAAAUUGAUACUCAUUUGUCGCAACACCCAUUAGUGAGGGAAAAUGUAACAUUGGUGAGAAGAGAUAAAAACGAAGAACCUACACUUAUUUCCUACAUUGUUCCUAAAGAUUCACCAGAGUUGUCUAAUUUCAAAUCUGAGUUUGAUGAAGAUGCCGAAGAAGCACAAGAUCCAAUUGUUAAAGGAUUGGUUGCUUAUAGAGAGUUGAUUAGGGAUAUCAAAGCAUACUUGAAAAAGAAAUUAGCAUCAUAUGCAAUUCCAACAAUCAUUGUCCCCCUUGUUAAACUCCCCUUGAACCCAAAUGGUAAAGUUGAUAAACCUAAAUUGCCAUUUCCAGACACCGCUCAGCUUGUUGCUGUUUCUAGAUUGAGUCAAUCUGCCAAGGACAUUGAAGCUACCGAAAAGGAGGAAUUGUCCGAUUUGGAGCAACAAAUUAAAGAUCUUUGGUUUGAAGUUUUGCCCAACCGACCUUCAAGUAUUAGCAAAUCAGAUUCAUUCUUUGAUUUAGGUGGUCAUUCAAUCUUAGGAACAAGAAUGAUUUUCGAAUUGAGAAAAAAAUUGAAUGUUGAAAUUCCACUUGGUGUAAUUUUCAAGAACCCAACAGUUGAACAAUUUGCUAAAGAAGUUGAAAAAGUGCUCAAGGGAGAUAAGGAUUUUGAGUUUGCCGGGUCAAAUAAAGACAAUGGGGAUGCUGAGAAAGAUGACAGUGAGAAAGAAGUUGCCAUCGAUUACGCUCAAGAUGCAAAGAACUUGUCGUCUGUGGCUUUACACGCAAACUACGACUCGUUGGAAGCUUUUCCAGGGGAAUUGGUCAAUGUUUUUCUAACCGGUGCCACUGGGUUUUUAGGUUCAUUCAUCAUUCGUGAUUUAUUAGAGGCAAGAAAAGGUAAACUUGAUAUCAAGGUUUAUGCCCAUGUCAGGGCUUCUACCAAAGAAGCUGGAUUAGAAAGAAUUCGUCAAACUGGUGUCACGUAUGGUAUCUGGCAAGAUUCAUGGAAAGAUCAUAUUGAAGUUGUUCUUGGGGAUCUCUCUAAGGAACACUUCGGCUUGCCAGAAGCAGAAUGGAAACAAUUGACAAACACCAUCGAUGUGAUCAUCCAUAAUGGUGCAUUUGUUCACUGGGUCUACCCAUAUUCUCAAUUACGCGAUGCAAACGUGAUUGGUACCAUCAAUGUCCUCAACAUGGCAGGUGAAGGUAGGCCAAAGAAUUUUGCCUUUGUCUCAUCCACAUCAACUCUUGAUACUGAUUAUUUCGUCAACUUGUCGGAUGAGUUAUUGAAACAAGGUAAAGAUGGUAUUUCGGAAUCUGAUGACUUGGAAGGUUCAGCUAAAGGAUUAGGCAAUGGAUACGGUCAAUCCAAAUGGGCUGCUGAGUACAUUGUUCGUCGUGCUGGAGAACGUGGGUUACGUGGUUGUAUCAUACGUCCAGGGUAUGUCACUGGGUUCUCUCAAACUGGUGCUUCUAAUACUGAUGACUUUUUAUUGAGAAUGUUGAAAGGAGCUACUGAGUUGGGUUAUUAUCCUGAUAUCACAAACAAUGUGAAUAUGGUUCCCGUAGAUCAUGUUGCUAGGGUAGUUACAUCUACUGCAUUGAGUCCACCUAGUGAUAUUGCAUUGACGGUUGCACAAGUGACUGGUCAUCCUAGAAUCCAAUUUAACGAAUUCUUGGGAUGUUUGAAAUCUUAUGGAUAUGACAUCAAUCCAUUGGAUUACCCUGUAUGGACUAGUAAAUUGGAGACAUUUGUAGUUGAUGAACUGAAGGAGAGUGCAUUGUUCCCAUUGUUGCAUUUUGUUUUAGAUAAUUUGCCACAAGAUACUAAGGCACCAGAAUUGGAUGACACUAAUGCUAGAACGUCGUUGAAGAAGGAUGCAGCUUACACUGGUGUUGAUUUGAGUGCUGGAAAGGGUGUCACUUUAGACCAAAUGGGUGUUUAUAUCAGUUAUUUGAUCAAGAUCGGAUUUUUGCCUAAACCUCAAGGAAAAGGUGAAAAGGAGUUGAUUCAAGUUGAGCUUAGUGAUGAGACUUUGACAUUGAUUGAACAGGGUGCAGGUGGAAGAGGAUCAGCCGCAAAGUAG